AUGGAGGUUCCUUUCGCGUUUUUGCACUGCCGGGUGUGCGCGCCUCCGUCUCCCUCGCAAAAAAAGGGGUCUGAGGAGGACGACGCUUGCGUUUCUGCCUCUUUCUCUUCUGCGGAACCUCUGCAGAAACUGGCCCUCCAUUCAUGCGCGGCCACCUUUAUCUUUGAUCGGUCGCUCCUUCCACAAAUCGGCGCCUACGCUGUCAAGCACAGACCGCCCCGUCUCUCGUCUUCGUCCACGGCCUCUCGCCCCCCCACCCCCCGCGGGACCUGUGUCGGGGACCCGCUGCGCCGUUCGUCUGUCUCCUGCCGCCCCGCGUCAUCGUCCCUUCCUCCGGUUCCUGCAGGCUAUGCCGCCUCGCUCUCAGCUUGGCAAAACGCCUUCUGUCCUCGUGCCUUCGCCUUCAUCGAGCCCAUCGCUGCUUCCGAUUCUUCCGCUUCUCCUCACGUCUCUUCGAGUGCGGCGGAUUCCGCUGGGGUUGCACAGGGAGCGAAAGCCGUCGGAUUCUGGGUCCAGACUGGCAGUCAGAGCUUCGACCUUCUUCAGUUCCUGAGAGGCAAAGUUGACAGUCUCGGAGAGAAGUCUGCUGCUGCGCAAGGCAUCCAGUUCGCCAUGACUUCGCUUGCGAAACUCGAGGCAGGCUCCUUAAAGCCGGCGCCUUUCGGCCCCCCUCGCAAGGGCGACGUCGAAGUGGACAGCGCCGUGAGACUGUACAUGCGAAUCGACAGAGGCUUCCUCCGCGGCUUCCUGAAAAUCGGAAACAAGAUCCUGUGGGUCGGCACGAACUCCGGCAUGGAGAGAAUCAACGCGCUCUCUCUCUUAGAUUUCUACAUCCUCGAGAGUUGCCAGCGCGAAGGCCACGGACGCCGCCUGUUUGAGCGCAUGCUGGCGACGGAGCGUCUGCAGGCCGGACAAAUAGCCUACGAUCGUCCCUCGUCCAAGAUGUUGUCUUUUCUCAAGAAGUUCUUUGCCCUCCGCGAGUACAUUCCCCAGGCGAACAACUUUGUGGUGUUCAAUGUUUACUUUGAGGAAAAACGGAAGGAAAGUGCGAAGGAAGGGGAAAGCGGAUUCGCAGGCAGGAAAGCGGGGCCCGUUCACACGAGUGCUGUGCACGUAAUGCCUCGGGUUGCAGAGACCGAAGGCAGAAUUCCCUUCGAGGCAAACUCAGAACGAAGUCGACUAUCCAGGCCUUUCUUGCACUCAGGAGCCCGUGUCAAGACUCUCCAGAUCCCUUCUGCCCCAGCCGGUUCCACGUCUUCAGCGUCUUCCCUCAUGUUCGUCCCAUCGGAGACGGCUGCGUCCCGUCCACAGGCUCCUCUCGCGAAGCACACGAACCGGCAGGAGCGGAGACAGAGCGGCCAGUCGCGAGUUCCAGAGCCGCCCUCGAGAGCGGGUUCGCUUACGCGCCUCCGAGAAGCUGUGAGCAGCAAAAGCUCCUCAGACUUCUCGCCGAUUCUCUCGUCCACCAACGCCGAGCUAAAGGGAAUGUCCAGAGAGGAGUCCUUCCAUCGUCUGCUGCCGACGCUCCAGUCGCGCUCUUCGGCCUUCGGCGGCAGCGAAGGAGACAAAAGAGACAGAACAGACACUCGACUGCGCUGCCUUUCGCGCGACUCGCCCGCCGGGCUCCCUUCACAUGCUCGCCUCGCGAGGCGAGCGACGCGCUCUUUGCCGCAAGAGUUGGUGGAAAGAGAAGGCGGGAGUUGGGCGACGUCGACAGAGAGCGACGAGACACUCCUAAGCGGAGCGAAAGGCGCGCGCGCCCACGUCCGGCGAGAAGGCGACCGCGGACACGAAGCCCCGCGAGACUCACAAGAGAAGCGAGACGCGGACCGAAGAGAAGACCAGAGGAAAGAAGGCAAUCCCUAUUUUUCGAUUUCGGUGGACCCAUCGUGUUCAACCAGGGCUGAGGAAGAACGCAGAGGCGCCGCACUGAAGGAAAAGACAUCGCAUAUGGAAACGGGCAACGGUGGUUCUUCCUUCCGAGCGCCGGAGUGCGUCUCGUCUGCCCUCAAGCGGCCGACGUACGCGAGGUCUCCGAGGAAACGCGAUUUCUGCGUCGCGUCCUACACCUCGCACACGUCGGAUUCUUCCCGAAAGCAUGCGCCUCCGAGCGACCCGCGACAAGACCGAGACGGAAUGGUCGGCAAAGCAGACGCCUCUUUCCCAACCUACCCGUUUGACCCUGCGGUGUGGCCAGACUCGGAAAGAAGCGCCGUCGCGUCGGCACCACGCGACACGCCCGGCGUCGGGGUGGGGCUCUCUGAGGCAGAGCGAAGCUCGACAGCAGUUGCUCGAGAAAAACGAGAACCAGAGCCCAAGUCGGAGGUGUCGCGCGGUCACGGGAGCGAAGAGAGGGGUAGGUGGAGAGAGACGGAGAAACGCAAAGACGCGAGACUCGCGCGAGGCGGCGCCCACCUGCGAAGCGUGCAAGUAGCGUCACUCCUUCAGUGGACGUAA